AUGUCUCCCCAAGCUCAACAACCAAAAGUUCUCUUCGUCCUCACAUCCCAUGAUCAAAUGGGUAAUUCUGGAAAGCCUACUGGCUGGUACCUUCCCGAAUUCGCCCAUCCUUACGAUAUUCUCGCCCCCCACGCCCAAAUAACUAUCGCCUCCGUACUCGGCGGUGCUUCUCCUCUUGAUCCCGCAUCUAUCGAUGCUGCCAAAGAUGACAUCUCUGUCAAUUUCUUGAAAACUCAGGAAUCUCUUUGGAAAAACACUGCGCCUCUUGCGGAUUUCGUAGGGAAAGCCGCGGAAUUUGAUGCUGUUUUCUAUGUUGGAGGUCAUGGUCCCAUGUUCGAUCUCGCCCACAACACCAAAUCCCACCAAAUAAUCUCUGAAUUCCAUUCCCAAAACCGCAUCAUCGCCGCCGUCUGUCACGGACCCGCGGCUCUUGCAUACGCUAAACUUCCCUCGGGUAAAUACUUCCUUGAGGACACUGCCGUGACCGGAUUCUCCAAUACCGAAGAGCAGAAUUAUGGAGUGUUGGAUGCGAUGCCGUUUGAACUGGAAACUGCAUUGAAUGAAGCUAGUAAUGGCAAGUUUGAAAAGGCAAAGGAUGAUUAUGCGCCGAAUGUGGUGGUGGCGAGGGAGGGAAAGAUUAUCACAGGGCAGAAUCCGGCGAGUGCUAGUGGAGUUGGAGAGGCGAUUUUGGCGCAGUUGAGAAAACAGGGGAAGAGUGUUUAA